GAAAGGUUACCUUCUUCUUUGAGGGUGACUCCUUUAGCCAGCCAAGCCGUGGAAAGAUGCCGAAAAGAGAUUCGGAGCGCGGCCACGACGGAAAUGAGGAGGAGGUGUCCGGCGCUAAAGUUAUCGCCCAGGCUCUGAAAGCACAAAAUGUGGAGUACAUGUUUGGCAUCGUGGGCAUCCCCGUGACCGAAAUCGCCCUUGCCGCUCAGGAAGUGGGCAUCAGAUACGUCGGGAUGAGGAAUGAGCAGGCGGCUUGUUACGCUGCCUCCGCGAUCGGAUAUCUGACAGGCAGGCCCGGAGUUUGCCUCGUCGUUUCUGGCCCAGGUCUCAUCCAUGCGUUGGGUGGUAUGGCAAAUGCAAACAUGAACUGCUGGCCUGUGAUUGUGAUUGGUGGUUCUUCCGAGAGAAGUCAGGAAACUAUGGGAGCUUUUCAGGAGUUUCCUCAGGUUGAAGCUUGUAGAUUAUAUAGCAAGUUUUCUGCCCGGCCAAGUAGCAUAGAAGCUAUUCCUUCAAUGAUUGAAAAGGCCGUGAGAAGCAGUAUUUAUGGCCGUCCAGGUGCCUGCUAUGUUGAUAUACCUGCAGAUUUUGUAAACCUCCAAGUGAAUGUGGAUUCUAUAAAGUACACAGAAUGCUGUCUUCCGCCUCCUGUCAGCAUGGCAGACACCUCUGCCGUGUGUGCCGCAGCAGCUGUGAUUAGGAAUGCCAAACAACCCCUUCUUAUUAUUGGAAAAGGUGCUGCUUAUGCCCGUGCAGAAGAUAGUAUCAGGAGAUUGGUGGAACAGUGUAAAUUACCCUUUCUGCCCACCCCCAUGGGGAAGGGUGUUGUCCCCGACAACCAUCCAAACUGUGUAGCUGCUGCCAGAUCCAGGGCUUUGCAAUUUGCUGAUGUAAUUGUGUUAUUUGGUGCCAGAUUAAAUUGGAUUUUACAUUUUGGACUUCCUCCAAGAUAUCAGCCAAAUGUAAAGUUCAUACAGAUUGAUAUCUGUGCUGAAGAAUUAGGGAAUAAUGUAAAGCCUGCUGUGACUUUGCUAGGAGACAUAAAUGCUGUUGUUAAACAGCUUUUGGAACAAUUUGUCAAAAUAUCCUGGCAGUAUCCUUCAGAGAGUAAGUGGUGGGAAACCCUGAGAGAAAAAAUGAAGAGUAAUGAAACUGUAUCUAAGGAAUUAGCUUCUCAAAAAUCCUUGCCUAUGAAUUAUUAUACAGUGUUCUUCCAUGUUCAAGCUCAGUUACCAAGAGACUGUAUUGUGGUAAGUGAAGGAGCAAAUACCAUGGACAUUGGACGUACUAUACUGCAGAACUACCUUCCUCGUCAUAGGCUCGAUGCUGGUACUUUUGGAACGAUGGGAGUUGGUUUAGGAUUUGCCAUUGCAGCUGCCAUUGUUGCUAAAGAUAGAAACCCAGGCAAGCGGGUCAUCUGUGUGGAAGGAGACAGUGCAUUUGGGUUUUCUGGCAUGGAAGUGGAAACCAUUUGCAGGUACAACUUGCCAAUCAUACUUUUGGUGGUGAAUAAUAAUGGAAUUUACCAAGGUUUUGAUGUAAACACUUGGAAGGAAAUGCUAAAGUUUGGAGAUCCCACUGCAGUGGCCCCUCCUAUCUCUCUUCUACCAAAUGCACAUUAUGAGAAAAUCAUGAGUGCAUUUGGGGGCCAAGGGUACUUUGUGCAAACACCAGAAGAACUCCAAAACUCUCUGAUGCAGAGCCUGGCAGACACAAGUAAACCCUCCCUCAUCAACAUCAUGAUUGAGCCACAAGCUGUGCGGAAGACCCAGGAUUUUCAUUGGCUGACUCGUUCUAAUAUGUAAAUAAAACCCCAGUGGAUGAUCUUGAAGACUUCUUUGUUCCCUGCGGAGGAAAAAAGGCAUUUUAUUUUCCAUAGAAAAAUUCUAUAUUAUACAAAGAAAAAUAAAGCGUUUUUGAAUGA